GGGGGUCCGGAGCUCGAAGGGAGAGGGAGAGAGAGAGAGAGGUUGGGAAAUGGAGAACGGCGGCGGCGGGAACAGGGCGGAGGCUCUGCGGUGGUUGAGCAUAGCGGAGAAGCUUCUAGCGGCGCGUGACUUCUAUGGAACUAGGAGCUUUGCGAUCCGAGCUAGAGAAUCGGACCCGAUUGUGUUGGAGGCGGCGGACAGGGUUAUCGCCGUCGCCGAUACGCUGUUAGCGGCGGAGGGACGGAUCAACAAUCAGUAUGACUGGUAUAGUAUCUUGCAAAUUUCGCAGCCGACUCAGAGCAUUGAGUUAAUCGCAACUCAGUAUCGGCGACUGGCGCUUCUUCUUCACCCGGAGGCUAACAGAGUCGCUUUUGCGGAUCACGCUUUCAGGCUUGUCUCUGAUGCAUGGUGUGUGCUUUCGAAUCCCUUGAGAAAAGCCUUGUACGAUAAUGAUUAUCUUAUGUGUAGCCCCGGAACCACUGAGUCGAGUCAAAAACCUAAGUCCCCGCCGCACCAGCCUCAAUUUCCGCAGCCUGUUAAAACUAGUCCAAGGAAGGAGACUAGGAUUACGGUAGAGGAGUCUCAGCAGCAGGAACAACCGCCGCCAACUCCACCGCCGGAACGUUCAGAGCCGUCACCGUCACCGCCACCGGCGCAGCCGCAACCACAACCUCCUCAGUCGUCUCCCCAGCGGUCACAACAUCAAGAGGAUCCGCAGCAGCAGCAGCAGCAAUUUGUAAAAGAAAACCCCAAAUCCACAAACGUUAAAGUAUCUGUAGCUGAAGAGAGGCCAAAUGUCAGUGAUGUUCCCGAGUCAACUCAGGAAGCCACUCAGCAGCACAUUGACUCCAAUCGUCCCUCACGGGAAGCUGAAUCUACUCUGCCGACUGAGUCAAGCAUUCCGAGUUUCUGGACUGCUUGUCCUUACUGUUAUAAUGUCUAUGAGUACCCUAAGGGUUACGAGGAUUGUGUUCUUAGGUGCCAGAAUUGUGCCAAGGCAUUUCAAGCAGCGGUUAUUCCGUCACCACCGGUGGCUGAAAAUGCUUCUACCUUUUGUUGCUGGGGGUUUUUCCCACUUGGGGUUUCUCCGAAUGCUAGAGGGACAACGGGGUCUGUCGCCUGGUCGCCCUUUUCGUCUAUAUUCACCUGUCCUUUGCCUGGCCAAGGGGGAACAAAAUCGGGGAAAUCUAGAAAUGUUAAACCCGCCAAGAAAUCUACACCAAGAUUCUUUUGUGAAGAGGAUGAUAUUUAUGUUGAGGUUUCGGAACCGAGUGACAGUUCUGAUGAAGAAUGGGGGAGGGUGAGUAAUAAGAAGAAGAGGUCUAAGAGGGGUUUAGCUAGUAGAAAUGAUAAGAGAUCACAUUCUGAAAGCUUACAGAAAGGGAACCAAGGAAAUGUGGGGAAUGGAAAUGCUGAUGAAGUUGAGAACAUGAAUGGGUUGAUGCGGUUUGGUUUGUCAAACUCCAUAAAGGUUGAACCUAGUAAGAAGGCUGUGGCAACCGCAGGGGUCACCGGGAAGAAGCAUAAAGGGAAAGGGCCAAAGGAGCUAGGAAAGUUGGAUUUGAAUGUCGAAUUCAGCAACGAGGUGGAGGAGCCCGCCACGGGUGUAAGUGAAGGACAUGGGGUGGAUAAUAUUGAAGGAAUUGGGUUCUUUGAGGGCCUUGAUGAAUUUUUGAAUAGUCUGCCAAUACUUAAUGCUGUGGCCGAUGAUAAGGUCAAAGCUAGUUAGUAAGGCUCUUGGGUGUUAUUCUUACAGUAAGACUCUUCCUUUCUGGAUGUUGUAUUUUGAUAUUGUAGUAUAAAAAUAAUUUUAAGCUGCAAUGCGUUUUGCCCA